AUGGUUCAAUUAAUUAGAAGCAUUCGAGAAUGGAAGGAGAAAGACCAGGAGGAUAUUUCUCCUUUGCUUGGUUGGUCCUUUGCUUGGCUGGUCAUGCAUAGGAGAAUCCUUACGAAGGAAAGGACCUCAUAUUGGGGAGGAGACAAGCACUGUCAUAAUUGCACUAAUGUGACUGAAGAUGGCCUUCAUGUGUUGAGGGAUUGUAGAAUGGUUGUUCAUGUGUGGAAAGCUUGCUAUAUUAGAGAAUUUAAUACGGCAAGGACAACCGCAUCGCUUCAAAGUGCCCCCUCUAGUUCUAAUGGCCAGACCAGCUGGAGACCUCCUGAUCUUGGAUGGUGUAAAUUGAACGUAGAUGGUGCUGUUAAGACCAACCAUAGAGUUGCUUCUUGUGGUGGGUUAGUGAGAGAUGACAAAGGUGGGUGGAUAACAGGUUUCUCCUAUUACAUUGGGAGCUACUCUCCAUUGAUGGCUGAACUUUGGGCUAUUAUGAAAGUGCUGCAAAUUGCCUAG